GAGAGAGAGAGGUGGAGGAGGGAAAGCAAAAAAAAAUCAAAGCAAACCAUGGAGCGGCGAGUGUGAGCAGCAGAGAGGAGGGGAGAGGGAAGGAGGGAAGGAAAAGGAAAAGGAAAGGAAAGGGAAAGGGGAGGGAGAGGCGGCGCGGCUCAGAUUGGACUUUAAGGCGAGUCCGAGUCCGAGAGAGUGACGUUGGUUGAAGAGGAGCGGAGGAGAAGCAAAGCCGAGACAAGGACUCCAUUAGCACAGCCCCGAACCACACACACAGCACCACAGCCACUGCCACUGCAACAGGCUGUGUGGGUGCGUGGGAGGAAAAUGGCUCUGGAUGGCAUUCGGAUGCCUGAUGGCUGUUACGCGGACGGGACGUGGGAGCUCAAUGUCCUGGUGACCGACAUGAGCCGCGACGUGUCGCUGCGGGUGACUGGGGACGUGCACAUAGGCGGAGUGAUGCUCAAACUGGUGGAGAAGUUGGAUGUGAAGAAAGACUGGUCAGACCAUGCUUUGUGGUGGGAGAAGAAAAAAACCUGGCUCCUGAAAACCCACUGGACCUUAGAUAAAUAUGGUGUGCAAGCCGACGCCAAGCUGAUGUACACACCACAGCACAAGGUGCUCCGCCUCCAGCUACCUAACAUGAAGUCUGUGAAAGUGAAAGUCAACUUCUCUGACAGAGUCUUCAAAGCAGUGUCUGACAUCUGCAAAACAUUCAAUAUAAGGCAUCCCGAAGAGCUCUCACUGCUGAGAAAACCUAAAGAUCCUACAAAGAAGAAGAAAAGAAAGCCGGAUGAUAAAGACCAGUUUGAUGACGAGGCACAAGAAUUAGAGGGACCUUUAAUUACUCCGGGAUCAGGCUCAGAUGUUCUUUAUAUUGGUCCAGCAAAAGGAAGUAUAUACUCCAGUCCAGGACUAUAUAGCAAAACUAUGACUCCAACAUACGAUUCAAGAGACGGUAGUCCACUUUCCCCAACAUCGGCCUGGUUUGGGGACAGCCCGUUGUCAGAAGGAAAUCCUAGUGUUCUUGCGGUGAGCCAGCCCGUCACUUCUCCAGAUAUUCUGGCACAGCUUUUCAAACCCCAGACUCUCCUUGACAAGGCAAAGACCAAUAAAGGAUGGAUGGAUUCAUCAAGGUCCCUGAUGGAACAAGAUGUGAAGGAUAAUGAAGCUUUACUGCUCCGAUUCAAAUAUUAUAGUUUCUUUGAUUUAAAUCCAAAGUAUGACGCAGUAAGAAUCAAUCAACUUUUUGAACAGGCCAAAUGGGCUAUUCUCCUAGAAGAGAUCGAGUGCACAGAGGAAGAAAUGAUGAUGUUUGCGGCUUUACAAUAUCAUAUCAACAAACUGUCCAUCAUGUCAUCCGAGAACCACAUGAACAACAGUGAAAAGGAAGUGGAUGAAGUCGAUGCAGCUCUUUCUGACUUAGAGAUUACUUUGGAAGGUGGCAAAACGUCAACUAUUCUGGGUGAUAUUACUUCCAUUCCUGAAUUGGCCGACUAUAUUAAAGUCUUCAAGCCAAAGAAACUGACACUGAAGGGUUACAAACAGUAUUGGUGCACAUUUAAAGAUACCUCCAUUUCCUGCUACAAAAGCAAAGAUGAAUCCCAUGGACCGCCUGCUCAUCAGAUGAACCUGCGAGGAUGUGAGGUGACCCCUGAUGUAAACAUAUCUGGCCAGAAGUUCAAUAUCAAGUUGCUGAUACCAGUGGCUGAGGGGAUGAAUGAAAUCUGGCUCCGCUGUGAUAAUGAAAAGCAAUAUGCACAGUGGAUGGCAGCCUGUAGAUUAGCAUCCAAGGGCAAGACAAUGGCAGACAGCUCCUACAGUCUUGAGGUGCAGAAUAUUCUAUCGUUUUUGAAGAUGCAACAUCUGAACCCUGACCCACAGCUUAUUACAGACCAGAACUCAAUAGACAUCAAUCCUGAGUGUCUUGUCUCUCCUCGCUAUUUGAAAAAGUAUAAAAACAAACAGCCAGGCUAUGUAAGGGACUUGAUCUCUGCCAGAAUCCUUGAGGCCCAUCAGAAUGUAGCUCAGAUGAGCCUUAUUGAAGCGAAGAUGAGGUUUAUUCAGGCAUGGCAAUCGCUACCAGAAUUUGGCAUCACACACUUCAUUGCCAGGUUUCAAGGAAGUAAGAAAGAUGACCUGAUCGGAAUAGCCUACAAUAGGCUGAUCAGAAUGGAUUCAAGUACAGGAGACGCGAUCAAGACCUGGAGGUUCAGCAACAUGAAACAAUGGAAUGUAAAUUGGGAGAUCAAAAUGGUCACAGUUGAGUUUGCAGAUGAAGUUCGACUUUCUUUUAUCUGUGGAGACAUCGAUUGCAAAGUAGUUCAUGAGUUUAUUGGUGGUUACAUCUUCCUGUCAACACGGGCGAAGGAUCAGAACGAAAGCUUGGAUGAAGAUAUGUUCUUCAAGCUUACCAGUGGUUGGAUGUGAUGGCUUGAAUACAUUGAAAGAUUAAACCCAGGCCAUAAAAUGCCUUUUAGAUAUGAGGGCUGUUACUCAAUAUAUGCUGCUAUUCCAGCAAGCGCCUUGUACUGUAACCUUUUACAAUGGAUUUUGUUUUAAUUCCCAGACCAGUAACACUGUUUGUGCACUAACAGGAACACUUCUUAGUCACUCGCUUAUCAGCCCAUUUUUUGACACAACUUGAAAGACCACUCAUCCAGAAUCUUGAUAAUUAAAGUCUUAAAACAAACCAAAUUGUAUGAUCUGUAAGCCAUCCAUUAAAAGUAAUAUUAAGAGCAGAGGAAUAUGAAGAAUAUUUAUCAAACUUUUUGCAUGUGCGUUUUACUUUUAAGAAUUUUACUGUGUUUUGUUUAAAAGUUAACCCUCAAUAUAAAUCCGGACUACUGCAGGUACCUGGGAAAUGAAGGUAGUUUGUGUUUGGGCGUAAAAGAACACAUUGUUUUAGCUUGCUUAUCCAAAUGUCUGGUUAUCCGUUUCAUUUGCAAACUGUAUUUCAUUUUAUAUCGUGAUUUAUUUUCUUUACACCUUAUAGUAUUAUGUCGUGGCAUUGUAAUAUUCACCAGCAUUAGUUAAAACUUUAUUUCAUUUAAAAUAUGCAAUCUUUCCACUACCUUAUGAAGUAAUGCUAUAUGAAGUAUUCAUUUCUCAUGUAACUAAUGUAAAAACACAAGUUUUAUAUAAUUGUACAGUUUUUGAACUAUAGCGUCACAAACCAGUUACAGAAUGUGCGUAGAAUAUUUUAGAUUUCGAUGUGCUUUGCAGGUAGACAUAACAGUAAGAAAAGAAAUUUUAUUUCAAUAGAAGAAAAUUCUCAUUGAGCCUUGCUUAGUAAUAUCAUCUUUCAUUGUAACAGCUUGAAGGAACUGUGUCACAAACAUCCCGAUUGGUGGAGUAUACCACUGUUUUUGAGACUCUGUAUAAAUGCAUUUAUUUUAAAUAAAAGUUAAAAUCUUU